AUGGCGAAGGAGAGGAGCAGGAAGGCGCUGGUGGAGCUGCUCCAGCGGCCGGGGAACGCGGCGUGCGCCGACUGCGCCGCCCCGGACCCGGACUGGGCAUCCCACAGCCUCGGGAUCUUCAUCUGCUUGAAUUGUUCAGGCAUCCACCGCAACAUUCCCCAGGUCAGCAAGGUGAAGUCUGUGCGCCUGGAUGACUGGGAUGAUGCCCAGGUGGAGUUUAUGGCCUCGAAUGGAAACAAUGUAGCAAAAGCAAAAUAUGAAUCUAAAAUGCCACCAUUUUAUUAUAAACCAACGUAUCUUGACUGCCAACUACUGCGGGAGCAGUGGAUCAGAGCCAAAUACGAACGAAAAGAGUUCAUCCACAGUGAGAAGCAGGAGCCUUAUUCUGCAGGGUACCGAGAAGGAUUCCUGUGGAAGAGAGGACGUGACAAUGGGCAAUUCUUAAGCCGAAAAUUCGUGUUGUCAGAGAGGGAAGGUGCUCUGAAGUACUUCAACAAAAACGAUGCAAAAGAACCCAAAGCAAUUAUGAAGAUCGAACACCUGAACGCGACUUUCCAGCCUGCAAAAAUUGGGAACCCUCACGGGCUGCAGAUCACUUACUUGAAGGACAAUAGCACAAGGAACAUCUUUGUCUAUCAUGAAGAUGGCAAGGAAAUAGUGGAUUGGUUCAACGCCAUCCGGGCAGCACGUUUCCAUUACUUACAAGUGGCAUUCCCUGGAGCCAGUGACGCUGAUCUGGUGCCAAAGCUUUCUAGAAACUACCUGAAGGAAGGAUACAUGGAGAAAACGGGGCCAAAGCAAACAGAGGGAUUCAAGAAGCGAUGGUUCACCAUGGAUGACCGACGGCUCAUGUAUUUCAAAGAUCCCCUGGAUGCCUUUGCUAGAGGGGAGGUUUUUAUUGGGAGCAAGGAAAACAGCUACAAGGUGCUGGAAGGGCUCCCACCAUCCACGCAGGGGAACCACUGGCAGCACGGGAUCACCAUUGUCACCCCAGACAGGAAAUUCCUCUUUGCCUGUGAGACAGAGGAUGACCAGCUGGAGUGGAUCACCACCUUCCAGAAAGUUAUAAGCCGGCCCAUGCUGCCUCAGGAAUACGCAGUGGAAGCCCAUUUCAAACAUAAACCUUAGCUGGGA